AUGGUGAAUGACUUGAUUGACGCAGAGUCAAGUACGUGGGAUGUGGGGUUGGUAAAUAACCUCUUCGAUGAUGAGGAGGCAAGAAUAAUUCUGGGGAUGCCAACGAGCGUUACUGGGGGAACCGAUCAAUUAAUUUGGCACUAUUUUCGACAUGGUCAGUAUACGGUUAGGACCGGGUAUGGGGUUGCCAUUGAGCUUCAUGAGAAUGGGGAGUUGGGGAGGAAAGGUACGGGGAUGAGUGGUAAUGGCAGGGGUGAAGACCAACUUGACUCUACAGGCUUUAGAGGGUCUGACUUUCGAGAUUGUUGGAAGAAGUUAUUUGAAAGGUACAAGGAUGAGGAACAAAGUGAGGAGCUUUUUCAGGAAAUGGCCUUUGUUCUAUGGAGAAUUUGGAAAUGUAGAAAUGAUUUUGUCUUUAAUGGGAUUAUGCGUGACCCACAGAAGGCUCUCAUGCUUUUGCGUAAGCACCUUCAGGAGUAUAAAGAUGUCUAG